CGAACGUGGUAAGUGACCAAAGUCCGAUGUGCAACUCCACGAUAAGCGAUAUCGCUGAUAAUAUACAUGAUUAUACUCACCUCAAAAGUACGUACCCAGAUAAAUCAGGUUAAACCUGUGUAGCCUGAGGGUUUUAUUAUUUACACGGUUUCAACAAGCACUUGCGUGGUCGACAUCCAUUCCAAAUUCUAUAUUUCCAUUCAAUCAAUUUAUAGUGUUCCUUUUGUGCAUUAUCCAACGAGCCAACACAGCCUGUCGCGCUUUGUACCAAAUGAGCAAACACGUACACCCCCGCAAUUUAUACACGAGAGUGCAAACACAAAAGAUGAACAAAUCGGUCAGAAAGCGUUAUAUUGUGAUCGCAUGUGUGGUAGUUGUGGUUAUCCUAGCGGCUGUAGGGCUCGCCGUGGGCCUUACGCUGGGCCUCAGGGAUAAGGAUGACACAUCUCCACAGAUUGGGGUUUACCGAAAGGCAGCCGUGGCUACAGAUUAUGGCCCCUGCUCGGAGAUGGCAAGGGACAUUCUUCUAGACGGUGGUUCGGCAGUUGAUUCAGCCGUAACAGCCGCCCUUUGCCUGGGCGUGGCUAGUCCGCAGAGUUCGGGGCUCGGUGGGGGGCUGUUUAUGGUAAUCUACAGUAAAGAUGGCUCAACAGAGACUAUCAUGGCUGUCGAAGAAGCCCCGGCCGCAUCAGAUUUUGAUAUGUUUGUGAAUGACACUGAUCAAGCCAACUACGGAGCAAAAGCCGUAAGUGUACCUGGUGAGUUGGCGGGAUUGUGGGCAGCACAUCAGAAGUACGGAGAACUGCCGUGGAAACAACUCGUUACACCGGUCAUUGAUAUGGCAGAACACGGCUUUCCGCUCGCAUGGCAUACUGCGUACUGCCUGAAAAUUCUGGAGAAAGACUUCGACCGUUGGCCGAUUCUUAGGCAGCUGUACACGAAGCCUGACGGGUCGUUGAUGGAGGAGGGCGAUAUCAUCACAGCACCUACUGGUCUGGUGCAGACGCUUCGUGCAAUUGCUGACGAGGGUGGGGCAGCCUUUCAUGGUGGAGAGAUGGGUCGGAAACUUGUCCAAGAUAUCAGAGACCAAGGUGGAAUAAUGACUUUUGAAGAUUUGACCAGUUACAGCGCCACUUGGGAACAACCCGUCGCUUUUAGCACGAGGGAAGGGCAGCAUAGUGUAAUGUCCACACCGGUUACAUCAAGUGGAAACCUGGUGCAGUUUACCGUCCGCGUUAUGGACGAAUGUAACUUGGCUAGCGUGAACCUCGACACAUACGAGGGCAAAUUGAAAAUGUACCACUAUUUCAUAGAGGCUAGCACGUUUGCUAUUGGGCUGCGGCUGCACAUUGGAGAUUUUGGCAAAGCAGAAAAUGCAAAGUCUGUUGCUGCCUUGUCGUCUAAAGAGUACGCCCAGACGAUCUGUUCCAAGAUCAACGAAACCCACGUGACGUAUCCCUCCGGUCAGGAUUACGACACUUUUAAUGACCUCCCCGAUGCCUUCCGAGCAGCGCCAGCCCCAGAGCAAGCCGAUGAGGGAGAAGCUUUGGACACAAUGAAUGGAGAUACAAGUCACUUGAGCGUCUAUUCUGAGCACGGAGAUGCUGUGUCGAUGACUACAUCAGUAGGUCGAUACUUUGGUAGUAGAACCUUUUCCAACCAGACCGGAAUCUUCCUCAAUGGCCACAUGGGUAACCUUUACUACAACGGCCGGUCACCGCCAUGGGAGGCUAACAGACUGGCUCCGGGCGCCCGGGCAAUGUCUACCAUGAGCCCCUCUAUCAUCGUUGACGAGGACGGAGUCUUGGGAAUCAUUGGGUCUUCGGGCGGUAUGAGAAUUAUUUCUACGAAUGCAUGGGUGCUGCUGCGUUCUCUCUGGGGUAGCGAGUCGCUGUCAGAUAUGAUCGACUCUCCAAGGGUGUAUCCCUACCGAAGUGCCUCUUUAAGCCGUACCUACUACGAAAAGGACUUUCCUGAGGAUCUCGUUAAAGGGCUGAAAGCAAUGGGGCACAACAUGGUUUCCACCUCGUCCUUCGCAGCUGCCCAGGGUAUACUCCGUGGACCCGGGCCGACUAUCCAGGCGCACUCGGAUAGACGUAAACAUGGAUAUCCCGCCGGCUACUAACCAGCCGUUCUUCUUGCUCAACAAUUAAUUCAAGAGCGCCCUCAAGGGCUAUCCGACUAAUCAUCGAAUUGACCGCCCUAAAUGGUUCCCGAUCACAAAGUCAUUUACCUUAAUACGCAUACGUGAAACAUAUCACGUGACUGAGUUAAUAUAUCAUACGAUUUGAAAUGACGUCAGCCGUCCGAUCGAUUUGUGAUUUUGCUUCAAGAUUUUGAUAUUACAAGUAAACUUGUGGUCACCGCAGUGAUCAUGUAGUCGGUCACCAAAAUGUUAUCGGUAUGGAUUUUAGAAUUAAACAAGUGAAU